GGCUACCACCCGGGAUCGGGUCGGCAAUUCUCAUUCAAGUCGUAGGAAAACUUGCUUUACAGCGCGUCACUGAAGACAGAAUAAGUGAAUAUUUUACCGACUUUUUACACAAGAAAAAACAUGAAAUAUUUCACUUAUACAUCACAAAGCACUGCUGUUGCUGCCGAAUAUCAUCCUCACCACAACGAAAGAUGUUCAUGUCAAGAGGACAAUGGCGACAGCUUUAUAGGAUUGUUCCUAAAAAAUGUGCAUUCCAAGGUCCAUGUUCCUGCAAAUACGAACCCGUGAAAGAUGUCAAUAUAAAGUCCUUAGACAUUCAAACAUUAUUCGUAUUAUUACUAAAUAUCUGUGAUCUCAAUGAUGAAGAAAAAAGAAACAUUUCCGAAUUGCAAAAAUGUUUUCUCACAUUACCUUCUUUGUUUGACGCGGAACAGAGUGAAGAGGAUAAGGAUGAAGAUGACUAUGAAGACAGUUUCUUCGCUUUGGUCGAACAAAUUCUUCUUGAUAUUCCAAUAGAAAAUGGAUCAUGCGAAUUGAAAGAAAACAUUGAGUUUAUAAAACAGAGAUCAAGAGAAUAUUUUCGGAAAUUUUUACCUGUCGUAAGGUUAUAUUCAGACAAAGAGAGAAGAACAGCAGAGCGGAUAAAUAAUUUAAUCAAUAUGACUCAGGAAAAAUUAAAGAGUUGUGGAACAGAAAGUGUAGAAUGUUUGGAAGCUAACAAAGGAGAUGAUGUAAGAAAUGAGGUUACUCUGAAAUCAGAUAUUUCAGAUAAUGCCACUGAUGCUCCACAUCACAGAUACUACGUGACGGAAAGUUUUCCUCAUUUCCAUUAUGUGUAUAAUUUGGUGAGGGAUUGCGAAUUUCGUCUGCGGAAAAUUUUUGAUAAAUUUGAUCAAAUGAUGACACCGGCAAACGAGCUUGUAAUAAGAAUAAGUUUUGCUGGAGAUGUCUCCAAAGAAGAUUUAAGAAUGAUAUCCAAAAAGAGAAGUUCAAAGAAACAGCAUGGCAAACUUUGGGUUGCAGUACCUCUAAUUUGCUUUGAACAGUCGAAAAUUGAGGAGCUCAAGGAUGAUGAAGCAUGCCAUAAGUUUUUAAUAAAAGUUAAGCUAGGUAAUGAUGAUACUGGAAUUCUGCCUCCUUCGAUAGUCGUGGUAGAUCGAAACCGAGAAAAAAUUCAGGAGGCAUUAUCAUCGUGCUUAGAGGAUCCCCUAAUCCGUACGCUGGAGAAGUGGACGAGAGCAGUUGAGAGUGUGUCAUCAAAGGCUGCUUCUAAACUUACUUUUGAGAUGAAAUCAGUGUUGAAACACAUCCUUUCACUUACUCCACAAACAACCCUUUCCAAAAAGUCAAAAUGUGUUACGGUUGUUCCACCCACCAUCAAAGAAUAUCUUUACGGUCGAACAGGAGUGAAUUCAUUUGGAUUAUGGAGAAAUGGAGCUUUUAAAGUAUUUGUUGCCCGUGGCACGGAUAGAGACGAGCUUAUUGAUGAACUGAAAGAAAGGGAACCCGAGUUUUUUGAGAAAUAUAAACUAGAAAUAGAAGCAAAGAAAUUCGUGCAGAAAAAAACAUUGAAACAGGGCGACGCUAUACUGCGAAAGGAUGGCGAUAAAGUCUUCUCCGCAACCCUAGGUGGCUUGGUUCAAGAAGAAAACAAUGAUGAUAAUCUAUAUGGUCUUACAUGUAACCACAUAUAUACCGAGAAAAAUCAACCGUCGUAUGCAAAUGUAAGUGAUGAAGAGUCAGAAAUUGGGAAAUGUGUAUAUACAACUAGAGACAAAUCUUGCGAUUUUGCCGUGGUAAAAAUUGAAGGAAAUUCACGAAAAGAAUGUGACAUAUCCUUUAGAAGAGACGAUGGAAAGAGAUCUAAUGCUCUCGUUUACACUGAUAACGAUCUAGGAGAUAUUGGUGUGGUGUACAAAAGGGGUGCAGAAACAAAUCUGACGAAAGGAAAUAUUGUCAGCUGGGAACAUUGUGCAGUGGUUGAUGACGAAAAUAACGAUAAUAUUUUUCUUAUUGAAGGUGUAGACACUGCGUUUUCUGAACCGGGUGAUAGUGGAUCUGUUGUGUUUUCCAGAAGUCAUACAGUGCAACAGAACAGUGUUGAUGUUUUGGGAAUGGUUUACGCCAGCAAUUUUGAACUGAGGGAAGAUGGGGCAGAAACGAUCCGGAAGGAUGAAACUGAUACGCUAUUUGCACAUUCCGAUGAAAAAGGUUUAGAAUUAACGGAGCCAGAAGUAAAACCCGGAAAGUCAAAAACCGUUGAAUCAGAUCACAGUUAUGAGAAAAACCCUGCAAAUAUUGACAACGAAGCAUCAAACACAACAAAAGACCCUGAAUUCUUCACCUGUUGUUUUCGAAUGGACACUGCUUUUGGACUUCUUGAAGAAGAAGAAAACAUUUCUGUCAAAUUUGAAGACGUCAGUUCGUCUGACUCAUCCUCUCAUUCUCCAGACUCUGAAGAUAGCGAUGGAAAACAAGAAAAAUAAGAGUCCUGGAUCUCAGUUUCUUAUCUCUCUCACUUUUCAUGUAAA